GGCUGUGUUUAUUUCAGCGUAAAUUUUGGAUUUUGGUUAAAAUUAGAGAUGAUGUGGCUGAAAAGUUAUGUGUAUGACAGGUUGACGUGAUGAAAAAGAAUUGAAGUUUAGAUCCAAACUUUGGAUCUAUACACACAGACGGAUUCAGAUCAUGCGCAGUUAUAGCUAUUACUGCAACUUAUAUUCUGUGCUACAGUAUUUAUGCUACAGUACGAUGAAUAGUGCACCUCGCUGAUCUGGACCGUUCCAUCUACAUCCGUUGAUGAAAACUGGUACCGCCUAAAUUGCAGUCCCAGUAGCGACUGCAGCUGAUCCGGAUUCAACACGGACAUAGUACACCCUCUUGUUGCUUCGAUGAGACUGGUCCUUAGCACAAUCAUCAAACCACUACCAUUAUAUCAGUGCUUGGUGUUCUAUUGGGUUAAGGAAUUCUCGAUCGUUCUCUGCUAGUAGGAAAUCGAGCCGACUGACCAGCGAUGUCGGCGGUUGAGAGGAAGACGGCGUGCGUCACCGGCGGCAACGGGUACAUCGCUUCGGCGCUCAUCAAGAUGCUGCUGCAGAAGGGAUGUGCUGUCAACACGACAGUCAGAAACCCCGGAAUUUGGUUUUAGCCUCUGAAACUGCUGCUACACAUUGCAAUUUUGAGUCGCAGAAAACAUGGAGAAGAACUCCCACUUCAAGGACUUGCACGCACUUGGUCCCCUGGCGGUCUUCCGCGCCGACUUGGAGGAGGAAGGCAGCUUCGACGAGGCGGUCGCCGGCUGUGAUUACGCCUUCCUCGUCGCUGCUCCGGUGAACCUCAAGUCAGAGAACCCUCAGAAAGAACUGGUGGAAGCCGGUGUACGAGGCACUCUGAACGUGAUGAGGUCGUGCGUGAGAGCCGGCACGGUGAGGCGCGUGGUCCUCACAUCGUCGGCGGCCGCCGUCUCCGGCAGGCCGCUGCAAGGCGACGGCCAUGUCCUCGACGAGUCGUCAUGGUCCGACGUCGACUACCUCAGCUCACCAGCCAACAAGACAUCUCCCGGAAAGGCGUACUCGCUUUCGAAGGUUCUUUCAGAGAAGGAAGCGAGCAGGGUCGCGGAGGAGAACGGCAUCAGCCUGGUGACCGUUUGCCCGGUGGUCACCGUUGGCCCGGCGCCGGCAGCGGAGGCCAAACCGUGCGUCGCCGCCGUCCUCUCCUUGCUCUCCGGCGACCAGGAGAUGAUCAGCACCGUGAAGCUCAUGGAGAAGGCCACCGGCGGGCUAAUGCUGGUCCACGUCGACGACCUCUGCCGCGCCGAGAUAUUCCUCGCCGAGAAGCCGCCGCCGGCGGCGGCGGCGGCGGCGGCGGAGAGGUACAUCUGCUGCGGCCUCAGCGCCACCAUGCUGCAGCUCGCCCGCUUCCUGGCGGCCAAAUACCCGGAGUACAAUGUCGACGUCGCCGCCCUCGGCGACCUCCCGGAGAAGCCGAGGAUCCGCCUCUCGUCGGAGAAGCUCGCCGGAGAAGGGUUCGAGUUCAAGAACAGGACGCUGGACGAGAUGUACGAUGAUGCCUUCUUGGAGUACGGUAGAGCCCUCGGGAUUCUGCCAUACUGAUAACGAUGUUGUUCCCCUCGUAUAUCAUCUGUUUCUCUGGUGGUGAUUGUUAGACUUUGCUCUAGGAUCACCUAGGUUAGAUCUAGUCGGGUGGUUCUAUUUGGGUUUGAUGAACGACAUUGUAGAUGAAAGGGAGAGGGUUUAGAUA